GGGGUUGGCAGGCGUGGGUCGGGCGUGUUGUGGGUGGGAAGGGUUGGCAAGCGUGUGUCCAAUAUGGCGGAGUGGUCAGUAGGGAGUGACGCAGACCUUGUUGUCCAUGAUAUCCCGCCGCAGCCUCGAUCUUAGGUAGCCAUGGACACCUGUGGCGGGUGUGGGCAUGGUGAUGGAGAACGACUGGAGGACCUCAGUACGAAACAGGACCUUGCUUCUACCAUCAAGCUCUCCCAGCCUCCCAUGGAGAAAGACAGGGCUAGGAGUUCAACGGAUAAAUUAAUCACGGGAGGAGGAGGGCGGUGGAGCCAAGAGGAGAAGAGUGGAGUAACUGAGGGUGAGGUAGUGAGAGCAUCACAUUCUGUGGCCAUCACUAAUGGUGUGGUAGCAGUUAAUGGUAUACACAAGGCACAGGCAGGACACCCUCUGCAACCUGUUGGAGUCACAUCUCAAUCAGGUGAAAGACAUAGUGAACAAUCCCUGCUUAACAAUAACUUAAUUGAGGAAAAGUGUAAUCUUAGGUGUGUUGAUGAAAAGUCUUACUGCCUUUAUCACAAGUUUCCAGCCAAAGUGAAUAAUAAUGUGUAUCCUGAGAAGGGAACCUCUGUCAAGGAUGGGAUGGAUGAAUAUUUCCAAAUGCACGCCUCUCGCAAUCCCGGCAGGCAGCUACCGCAGCACCAGCAGCAGCCCUCGGCCAGACGCAACGAGUUAAGUCCAAGUCGGGAUGCUUCGAGAUAUAAUGAUCAACUCAAUCUUCUCAAUGGUGAGGAGGAGGAUGAAGAUGACGGCUGUAUUUAUACAUAUAAGGGGGAAAAUUUUGAGGCUAAUCUUUCCCAUCUGAUUGAUAUGUGCCUGAGCUGUGGCUUGCCAAACACAGAACGAAAUGCCGAUGAACGUGGAGCGUUGGCGCACAGGUUACGCUCUGUACGGCAAGACCCGCCCGAACAGAACAACCUAUUUUCUCCAGAUAUGGAUUUUUUAGAAAUGGAUUUUGACCCAGGGCCUAAUGGUGAUGGGGAUAUAGACUCUGACUGUGAAGAUAAUUGUGUCGAUGAGUGUGAUAGUAGAUUAUUAAAUAGAGAACAUGCUGCUGCCUUUAGUGUUGCUGGUGCUUUGAAUCCUAUAAGUGUUUUAGAUAGAAAAGCUAAUAAUUAUUGCUCCGAAAUGAGAAACCUAAUGUGUAAAAGGUGUGAGUCUAGUAUAUGUGAUGGUAAAAUUGACAAUGUGGCCUUGAAUUUGAGUGUACAUGAAAAUCACUCUACACUUAAUAUUGGGAGAGGUCCAGAUUCUGGUUUAGAUGACAGACCAGGUACAAGAAAUAGUCCGUUAAAUGUGCCAAGAAAUGGAAUGAAUGUCCCAAAAGAUUUGAAUGUAGAACUAAAUGAAUUCUGUGAUGUAAGAGGUCAGGUGAUGGAUAUGCCUGCUCCUCUGGCCCAAGAUGAUGAAUACGACCCACCUGAUAAUGACAGUGUGGAAAAUAAUUUGGGCGACGCCGAUAUUAUGGAUAUGAUUGAUGACUUUUGUGAAGAUGCCGACGAUGAAGACGGUGACGACAGUAAUUCCGAGAGAUACGAAUUGGGAACGAGAUUUUCUCGGCCCGGUGGAAGUGGUGACGCAACAUUGCGAGAAAGAGAAGACCGAGGACCAGGACAUGGUAGCUUUAGCAAAAACAUAAAUAAAACUACUAAUAAAGCCAAUAAUAAUAAUCUUGGUUCUGUCUCUGCACCAGAAGUCAGCCCAGCCAAAGAAUACAGUCCUCUGGAAAAGUUUGGUCGUAGCAUCAGUUUCCAUAACCAGCUAUCAAGUCCAAAAUAUGAGAAUGUUUGUUUUUCUCAUCGACCAAAGAAAGCAGAACGGCCUUGUGAAGCUCAGACGGUGAGAGCCGUUCCACUAGAGGCAGAAACUGCUAACCUUGAGGCGUGUGCAGGCAGACUUCAGCGACGCGAAAACUCAGUCUUCAACAUCCUCUCUGAUCCAUCAUCCUCUCAGGGUGGAAAUGCAGGGUGCCAUGGAAUUGCAGGUGGUGCCAGCACAGACAGCAGUAUAGGGUGUAGGGGUCAAAGUGCAGGCGUGACACCCGCUCCAGCAGCACCAACUCCAGUCAGUCACGCGUCAGGCAUGCCUCCCUUGGCUAGCCUUCUGAUGACUUCAACAGGAAGUACCACCUGCACUGUGAUAGGAACUGGUGGAAUUCCUUGUCCACUUCCAGUUAAAUCCUUACGACCCAAGAACACAAAUCCCAUGCAGGAUCCAAAUACGGCAAGUGAGGGUGAAGGCGGAGGAGAGGAAAGUUGCCCAAGAGUGAAAAAAGUCAUGAUUUGGACUGAACUCCAGGCUUCAGCACGACAAGUGACACAGAUUGCUACCUCAGCUUGUGGUGCCACGGCGAUCAUCAAUGUCUUGUUGGCUUUAGAUCAACCUUAUACUGUGGAGGAAGUUCAGAAGAGCAUCCAGACACGGUUACGAGCAGAGGCUGCGCUCGUCGUGGAUUAUCUGUUUUCCCGCUGUGUUGCUGGUACCACGCACAAAGACCUAAUAAAUGGAGUUAUACAUCUUUCACAAGGUGCUAUUAAAGCCAAGUUCUUCCAUAUGUUUCCCAAGCGAGCUGUACAGCUCUCCCGAUGGCUUGCCCAGUGGAUCAAUAGAGGUGGUGUUCCUCUUGCUACCUUAAACCUUCAAGUGGGUGUUGCUCCGGGCCAGACAAUCCCAGAUGCCUGGCACCAUCAGAUGAUCUUUGGCGUUGGCCCGCAAGGAAUUUAUUUAACUAACCCACUGGAGUGCGUUUCCGAUUGUCUGCUCGGAGAUCAGCUGUGUACGGACUCUGUGCUCUUAGUACGAAGAGCAGAUGUGGUGAGCAGAUGGGGCCAAGGAGACAGACUCAUCAGAUUGACACGGCAUCCCGAUACAAGAUGGCGGGAUAUGAAUGUCCUUGGUCAGGUGGUUGGAGUAUUAAAGGAGCAGGCAGCUCCACCGGUGGUUCAAGGGCGAAGACAUUUGACAUCCCAUGUGGCCAUCCCAGCUGCUUACCAGUCCGGAGUGACUAUCUUCAUGCGGGCAGACAACCCGCAGCUCCACACACUGAUGCAAGCACAAGAAUUACCCUUGUUGGAAUGAUAGCAUGUUGCAUAGGGAGCCCAUUGUUACAGAAUGAAACCUCAUCUCCACAGAAUGUAUUUUGAUAGCUGAAAAUGGUUCUUUAACUAUCAGGAGUUGGAUUGAAGGAACGCUCUUUGUUGCAGGUUAAAAUUCAUGCAUACUUUUGAUAAUGCAGAAGAGUGAGCUCUCCUAGGUGCAGUGAUGAGCUUAUGUGAUAGCAAACAUUGUUCCUUAUAGAAUCACCAGGAUUGUUUUACAUUAACUCAUGGCUGGUUCUUGUUUCACACACUUCACAUCAUUUACUGUUUCCUCUUUAUCUUGAAAAUAUAAAUCAUUGACAUGUCCUCUUUACAGCUAAAAUACAACCUUGUAUAUUUCAGAUUAUGAUAUUUUGUAGUAAAGUAUUUUAUGAAAUGCAUUUGAGUUAAUAAUCAAAUGUGAAGUAGUGGAGAAGAUAAGAGUAGUGUGAUGCAGAUUGUCAGCAACUUGUCCAGCUCUUGCUAACUUGUAGAGUAAAUACACCAAGACUGUGUAUAAUAUUGUCUCCAUACAACUCACCCCAGGGACUGUCAGUUGUCUUUAUUAUUGAGAUAGCUUGGACAUGUGCACCUCAUUAUAUGUGUUUGUUUUCACUGGGCAUGUAGGCUUUCUCCUCGAGCAGUAGUUGAAGUGUUGUGCACCAGCUACGUUAAGAUACGGACUGGGAGAAAAGGUGGUGUGUUUGCAUUAUGUGAAGGAGCCACAGUUGUAACACCAUGGCAAGUGGUUGUGACAGCUGUCAUGGGUAAUUGUCAAGUUUCCAUAUAAAUACCAGUUGUAUGAUCUAAAUAUUUCUGUAUAGCUUUCUAUUUUGACUUUUAAUGUACAAAAGAUAUUUAUGUUAGUUUUAAUUACUACUGUUGUUUUCAUCCUGGUGCAGACCUUGCUACUUUUUUGUUUUUUAUCUAUGAUUACAAAGGUAAAAUUUCAAAUGAGAAUAGUUUCUACUGGAAGAGGCCAGUUGUCAUGCAUUUAAAGAUAAUGUAAUUGGUGUUCAUCUGCAUGUGAACAUUUUUGUUCACUGCUCUUUUGAGCUGUCUCUACUUUCAUUGUAAAUAUAACGAUGCCAAAAUCAAAUUUUUAUGUACAAGAUUUAAGGUAUGAUUGAGCUUUAUUUUUGUUGCCAUAUCUAUUGUUUUAAGUUUAAAUGAACGAUGCUUCCAGUAUCUUGUUGGUAUUUAUUUCUAGCUUAAUAUGAUAAUGAAAGUGUUUGUGAUGCAGGUGACGAUAAGAGUAGCACACCAUUGGUGGCACAACUUGCCGACCUUGAAGGUGUCUGUGGUCUGUACCCUCAACUACAGUGCAUGGUGUUAUUUUAUCCCCUCUUCUCCCUUCCUUCCUCUUCCCCCCCCCCCUCCCUCUCCCUCCCUUUCCUCCUCUCUCUUCCCCCCACCCUCUCUCCCCUCAUAACACAAUAAAUGGAAAGGCUUCUUUUCAUUUCUUUAAGAUUGUAUAUUUCUCAUUCAAACCUUAAUACAUUUGAACCUGCCAAAGGUAGUUAAGAAUUUCUUUGAAAUUUGAGAAACUUUCUUGUUGUUUUACAAGAUGGCAAAUACGUAUAUUAUUGAGCUGUAGAUGUGAAGGCAUAGAGCGAGUUGCAGUGGAGUUGUUAUGUAUGUUAGUAUGUGAUAGAUAAGCUUGGCCUGUUAUUCCGGGCCUCACACAGUAACUCAUCUGGGACAUUGUUGCCCAGUUCAACUGAAAACUUGUGGAAAUGGAAAUCUUACACGUUGUAGGUUCAUUUACCAAAAUAUUGAAUUAUUAUAUUGUUUGAUUUGAAAUAGAAGUAAACCUGGCUUACUUGCCUUCCCAUUAUUUGCAAUACUACUUAUUCACUAUGAAUAAAGAAUAUUUAUUUUUUAAA